AUGGACAUCCACGCGCUCAUCAACACCACAGACACCCACAAUUCCCCCUGUGCCGAGCGAUCCUACCAGCUUCAAACACAGCGAAUUCCGGGCCCCGUUUUCCAACGUAAGCGACCUCCAAACAACCUGACACGCGACGAAAAGAUCCAGAUCCGCACCCUGCGCGAAUACCUCAACUGGACCGACUCCCAAAUCGCCGCCGCGAGAGGCAAGACCGUUCGCGAAGUUCAACAGGCUCUGACCGGGCCAUUAACACCACCCCCGAAACGGUCUGAUCGCAAGCCGAGGUUCAAAUGUGAGCAGCGGAUUCCGCCCGUUGGAGGCCAGGAAACGCGCCCGGUCAGUAUGGCCGGUGUGGCCAGAAACAACGGCCUGUUGGCGGCGUGGUCCAUGUGUGCGCUGCUUCUGCGUCUGGUGAUCUCGAUGUUCCGCUACGUCUCGGGCAGGUCGGUCACGUAUGCACAUACGUACAGCCGGCUUUGCCCAACAGCGACCUGCUUGUAA